CUCUCUCUCUCUCACACACACACACACACACACAUAUACUCUCUCCCUCUCUUCCAUUGUCCCUCUCGCGUCUUUGAUGCCCAACCCACCCACCCACUCACUUCUUGGGCGAUCCCAUCGUGUCAAAUCGAACCUUCGGCAGAAAAAGUCGAGACAAGCAACACGCUUUCAAGCUCGACGAAGCAAUCUCGCAUACCGGGGCGGGUCGUUUUUUUUCUAGGUUUUUCUUUCUUCUAGAUACAACUGAAUCCCCUUUUCCUUUGUCCCUCAACAUUCCUCGAGGAACCACAAGCAACCGGCAAUAGACUUUCAUCAGUCUCCACUUGUUCCAUCAGGCCUUCGAUGGACUGAGACCUGGACGGCAAUUGUUUCUCUGUUGGUUCCGAAACCGUCAGCUUAAGCUCAUACCAAGGUUCGUCAUAAGCGUCGCCUCGCGUGAAAGCUGCACCGUCGAGCUCGCCAUACUCUCUCCUCUUUAUCUACGCCUCGAUCUCUCUCUCUCUCUCUCCCUCUCUAUCAUUUUUUGGAGACCUCUCGUCCAUGUCACCGGCCGCCGUCAUGUCUUUUUAUCCGCCCGGUGCCGUCAAUGGCCGCCUUCAUGGCUUCGAGUUCACUUUCGAGGCCAUCCCCGACAAGACAUCCCUGCACGACAGCCACAUAGAAGUCGAUCCCGAUCCUCAUGAGGGCGAGACCGACUCUCUACCCGACGACGUCGAGUGUUUUCCUAGGCAUUUCGGCAGGACGUAUCACGCUUACAGAGCGGGCUCCUACGUGUUCCCCAACGACCCUGCGGAGCAAGAGCGUUUAGACCUGCAGUCGCUGGCUCUUACGGAGCUGUUCAAUGGCAGGUUACACUUUGCACCAAUAGCCGCAGAGGGCUCUCCUAGACGAGUCCUCGACGUCGGCACGGGGACGGGAGCUUGGGCCAUGGACAUGGGAGACAUGUAUCCGGAAGCCCGUGUUAUUGGAGUCGACCUGUCGCCGAUCCAAAGCAACGCCGUGCCGCCCAACGUUCAUUUUUACAUCGAGGACGCCGCGCAACCAUGGGCAUGGCCGGAUCCAUUCGACUACAUUCACACCCGCGUGCUCCUUGGAUCCUUCGGUGACUUCAAGAACGAGGUCAUCCAGCAGGCCUUUGACUCCCUCCAGCCGGGCGGCUGGCUCGAGUCCCAGGACUUCAACCUCGAGGCCGUCAGCGACGACGGCACGCUGACGCCGGACGCGCCCCUGUCCCGCUGGGUGCAUGACAUGAACUACGCGAGCGAGCUCAUCGGCCGCCCGCUGUCGAGGUCGCAUCUGCUGUAUCAGUGGUACGAGGAGGUUGGCUUCGUCGACGUGCGGCAGCGGGUGUUCAAGAUCCCCAUCAAUGGGUGGGCCAAGAACCCCCGUCACAAGCACGUCGGGAAGCUCUGGGAGCAGAACUUCCUCGACGGGCUGAGCGGAUUCAGCAUGGCCCUGUUCACGCAGGUCCUGGAAAAGAGACAGGAGGAGGUGCAGGUUUCACUGGUGGAUGUGCGUAGAGACAUCUCCAACAUGCACAUACACGCUUACCAACAUGUCUGGGUCGUCUGGGGUCGCAAACCGUACCCAGGCGAAACGAUCGCUCCGAGGAGUUCAUCGGAGGACAGGGCCAUGGCCGAGUGAAAUGACACGAACCGAAACGACCGUAUGAUAUGAUUUUCUGUACCUAGACUGGCUUCCUCGGCGUAUGGACCCAACGGAGUCUCGGGGUACUUUUGAUGAUUUUCCCAGCACGUCAGCGAGGCAAUGAUACUCCCACUUGUUUUUCUUCUCCUUUCCUUCGAGCCUCGUCUCUUACGAAUGUCUCCCAUGUCGGCGCAAAGAAACCGGUAGUCGAAAUUCGCCUCCGUGGCUCAAGCAGACGAAUAACACAGGGCCAUUGUGCCCGAUAUGACUGACGCUUCACGCUGCAAAUUGCAUGACUCAAAUGGUGCCAGGCCGGAUUAUCUGAUGGACUGCAACCUCUAACCUAGAUGGUUGCUGUGACGAGUGGGAACGUGUC